AUGUGCCUGACCAAUAAGGAUCUUGUAGACACAGGGCCAGAGAGGAACUGGAAGGGCAUCGGCAUCUCUCUGCUGGUCAUUGUGGUGGUCCUUUCCCUCAUUGGCCUGGCGAUCGUCCUGCUGUCCAAAGAUGACAGUUCCAAAUCUCUGGGAUCCAGGCUGACACUGGACGACCUCUUUGAGAGAGACUUCCUGGUGCAUGACCCUGAAGCACAAUGGGUGAACGAUGAAGAAAUUGUCUUCAGGACAAAAGAUGGAGAUGUACUGAGAGCAAAUGUUCGGAACAAUCAGACAGAGGUCCUGUUGAAGAACACCACUUUUUCAACGUUUCAGGCCUCCACGUUCGCCGUCUCCCCAGACUUCAACUUUGUGCUCCUGGGUUACAACUUGACACAGGUUUUCCGCUAUUCUUUCUUGGCAUCAUACAUGAUAUACAACUUGCAUACAAGAGAGGUCCAGGAGCUGAAUCCUCCAGAGGUGACCAAUUCGCUUCUCCAGUACACAUCCUGGGGGAUCCGGGACCAGCAGCUGGUUUAUAUCUUUGAAAACAACAUUUAUUACCAGCCGGAUGUCAAAGCCAGCUCCCUCAGACUGACUUCGUCAGGACAGGAAGGAGCGAUCUUCAACGGCAUCGCUGACUGGCUGUAUGAAGAGGAGGUGCUGCACUCCCAUGUGGCACACUGGUGGGCUCCAAAUGGGGAAAGGCUAGCUUUCCUCUCCAUCAACGAUACCCUGGUCCCCAACAUGAUCCUACCCCGCCUCACUGGCACCCUGUACCCACGAGGACAUCAGUACCCUUAUCCAAAGGUUGGACAGAUCAACCCCACAGUCAAGCUCUAUGUGGUUAACUUAGAUGGAGCAUCACAAACAACAGAAUUGCGACCUCCAAGCAGCUUUGAGAAAAGUCAGUACUACAUCGUCAUGGUGAAGUGGGUCACCAGCUUGGCGGUCGCUGUGCGGUGGCUUAACCGUGCCCAGAACACUUCCAUUCUAACCUUGUGUGAUGCGACAAGUGGGGAUUGUGUCAAGAAACAUGUGAUGACAUCAGACACCUGGCUUGACAGACAGGAUGAAGAGCCAGUGUUUUCAAAAGAUGGGAGGAAGUUCUUUCUGACAAUGCCAAUAAAGCACGGUGGACAGGGAGCCUUCCGUCACCUUGCGAUGCUGUCCGAGCAGACUGAACAGGAGGACGUCAAUAUUCGUCACCUGACCUCGGGGAACUGGGAGGUGACACAGAUCUCGGCCUACGACGAGGCCACAAACACAGUCUAUUUCCUCAGCACAGAGGAGGGCUCCACUCGAAGGCAUCUCUACAGGGUGUCAACUGCCGACCCGUUUCACCAUGAGUGCCUCACCUGCAACCUGUUCCGUCACAAAUGCACCUUCUACACUGUGGACAUCAGCCCCAGUGCCCAACACGUUCUGCUUAACUGCAAAGGUCCAAGCAUUCCAAAAACCACAGUGCACAGACUGAGUGAUCUAAGCAGUAACCUCACAUUGGAAAGCAACAGGGAGCUCAGAGAGGCCUUGAAGUACAGACGAGUCCCACGGAGAGAGAAACGAACACUGCAUGUGAAUGGCUUUGCAUUCCCCAUGGAAGUGACAUUUCCGGUGGACUUUGAUGAAACAAACCAAUACCCUCUACUUCUCAUCAUUGACAGCACCCCUGGUGGUCAAUCUGUGAAGGACCACUUCAUGCUGGACUGGGACUCAGUUCUGGUUAGCUCGGACCUCGUCAUUGUAGCCCGGGUGGACGGCAGGGGGGCCAAGUGUCAGGGCCAGAGGGUUCUGCAGGCCAUCCACCAGCGCCUGGGGACUGUGGACGUGCAGGACCAGAUAGCAGCAGUCGAGUCCCUGGCCAAGCUGUCCUAUGUAGAUGAAAGCAGAAUUGGGGUCUAUGGAAAGGUGUACGGUGGCUUCCUGGCCUCCCUCCUCCUUCUCUCUCCAGGUACCUUAUUCAGGUGUGGGGUUGCCGUGGCACCGGUGACAGACUGGAGACUCUACGGCUCGGUGUUCUCAGAGCGGUACUUUGGGUUCCCUGCACAAGAAUUUCGUAAAUACAAUAUCUCCAGUCUUCUUCCAAACAUCACAGGGGCAAGCCAUUCCAAAUUCCUUAUCAUCCAUGGAACUGCUGAUGCCACUGUCCAUUUCCAGCAUACGGCUGAACUGGUGAAGUUCCUGUCGAAAGCCAACGUGAACUACACAUUACAGAUCUUCCCAGAUGAAGGCCAUGAGCUGGCUUCGGUCAGGAGCAGACACUACCUGUUCAGCUCCAUGACCACCUUCUUCAGGGAGUGUUUCCAGGGUGACUUCCCUGUAACACAGGAACCCAAAGAGGAGGACUAA